AUGAAGGCUGAGGACGUAUCUUCUCUUCCGGAGAAGCUUUCCGGCGAUUUUCGGACCAUUGAGCCCUACCUGGUAGCGUUGGACAAGCAUCUCACACUUCGUACAUACAUCUCGGGUUAUACCCUCAGCGAUGUCGACGCAAAGAUUUGGGUAGCUCUGGCCGACAACCGUGUCUCCAUCUCCUUCAUACGCCGUGGGACUCUUUCCAACCUGAAGCGCUGGUUUGUCUUUGUCGAGGAAUGCCACCCUGAGAUCCAGGCUGGCAUAAAGGCGGCCAAAGCAGCCCAGCACGCCAAGGUGGCCGCUGCCAGCAAAGCUGGUGGUAGCUACAACCUUGCGUUGAAGGAUGCUGACAAAGGUGUCGUCACACGCUUUCUCCCCGAACCAUCUGGCUACCUUCACAUCGGGCAUGCCAAAGCUGCCCUCCUGAGCGACUACUUUGCCCGUCAAUACAACGGAACUCUUCGGCUGCGCCUCGAUGAUACCAACCCUUCAAAAGAAAAGGGGGAAUACCAGGAUUCCAUUUGCGAGGACCUCGAAUUGAUGGGAAUCAAGGCCGACAAGCUGUCAUAUACAUCGGACUACUUUGACUACCUUUAUGAUAUGGCUUUGAGAAUCAUCAAAGAAGGUGGUGCUUAUGCAGACGAUACAGACCAAGAGACUAUGCGAGACGAGCGGUUCAAGGGAAUCGCAUCGAAGAGACGGGAGCGAAGUGUGGAGGAGACAUUGCGCAUAUUUGAGGAGAUGAAGAACGCGACCCCUGAAGGCGUUAAAAACUGCAUCAGGGCAAAGAUCUCAUAUGAUGACAACAACAAAACCAUGCGAGACCCAGUCAUCUACAGAGUGAACAUUGAAACAGCUCAUCAUCGAACCGGCACGACAUGGAAAAUCUACCCGACAUACGACUUCGCCUGUCCUGUUACCGACAGCCUUGAGGGAAUCACCCAUGCCAUGCGCUCCACUGAAUACACCGAUCGCAACGCACAAUAUCAGUGGUUCUUGACAACCCUGAACCUGCGCCAAGUACACAUGUUUGAUUUUGCCCGCAUGAAUUUCAUCAGGACAUUUCUUUCCAAGCGCAAGCUGGCGAAGCUGGUUGAUACCGGCCGUGUCUGGGGCUGGGACGAUCCUAGGAUGCCGACGAUUCGUGGCGUUCGCAGGCGAGGCAUGACCAUCCCGGCGUUACGCGAUUUCAUCCUCAAACAGGGUCCGAGCCGCAGCGUGACCACGAUGGAAUGGGGCGCAUUUUGGGCGACGAACAAGAAGGAAAUUGAUCCCAUCGCACCACGGCAUACUAUUGUCGCGGCAAAAGAUGCGGUCAAAGUUCGCCUUACUGGAUCUGACGCCCCUGCUGAGUCCUUCACGGCCGAAAAGCCUUUACACCCAAAAAACAAGGAUGUCGGAACGAAGGCGGUGGUGUUUUCUUCGGAGAUCAUCCUAGACCAGACGGAUGUGAAGCUAAUGAAGGUCGGCGAGGAAGUCACGUUGAUGGCUUGGGGUAAUGCGUUUGUUCGCUCGAUUGAAGGAGGCGAUGGCGACAGCCCCAUCACAAGCGCCACGUUCGAGCUAAACCUCUCCGGGGAUGUGAAGAAGACAGACAAGAAGGUGACGUGGCUUUCUUCAAAGGGCCAGAAUUUCGUCAGCGGCGAAGCAUGGGACUUUGACUACCUUCUCACCAAGAAUACCCUGGAAGAGAAUGACAAUUUGGAGGACUGUCUGACUCCUGUUACUGCGACAGAGGAGGCCGUCCUCGGGGGAGAAAACAUGUCAGAGCUUAAGAAAGACGAUAUUAUCCAGCUCGAGCGUAGAGGGUUUUACCGCGUCGAUAAAGGGCUCAAUGACUGGAAAGAGGGCGAGGCCGGGUUGAAGGGUCCGAGAAUUGUCUUGUUCGCCAUCCCCAGCGGCAAGUCUAACUAG